GGUUGUGUUGCUGCAGUAGUAGGUGUGCUUUCAGAAAGUCAAUGUGGGAUGACCGUCAGAAGGACACAUGUGAGAAGAGAAAUACUGUCAAUCAUGUUCGUGUUUUCCGGACGUCUCCAGUAAAUAAGACCCACAUUUCCUGCUGCUGAAUCCCUCCGCGGCCGCUUCUUAACCUUCAUGUAUGAAGCUAAUGGGAAGCUAGCAUCCCACACCGAUAGCUUAGCAGAGCAAUUGGCUAUACUAUCCAGAGAACGAGCCUCGUCCUGCUCAGACAGACUCCAGCCUCCGGGGCCUGAUGAGCACAGGCCCGUUCCAGGGCCUCGUCCAGACCGCCAUGCCUCGCUUCUUCUGCUUUCUGCUCCCCAGGGUGGAUGCAGCUGAUGUGGCUGCUGGGCAGAUGCCCUCUUCCUCCUCCUCCUCUUCCUCCACUAGUCCUGCAGCCGGCUCUCUGCCAAAGAACAUCGGGAAGCCAGAAUUUCCAGACACAGGAUGGCAGCGCAUCAAGGACAUCUUUGAUCGAGAUGAGAUGCAGAGACCCUCAGAGGAAGUAAUGACCGUGAUGAAGUGCGGCAUUCUGGGAGCUUUCACCGGCUUCCUGUACGGCGGCCUGCCAGCCGCGCGCCUCGCCAGGCAGCGGUACAUCCAGAUCAGCCAGGCGGAGAUGUAUACGAGUCGCGUGGAAGCAGUCCGCUCCGCUCACAACGCAGCGAUCCGAGGUUUCCUACGGUACGGCUGGCGAUGGAGCUGGAGAGUCUCUGUUAUCGUCACUUUGUUCAGCUCCGUCAGCACCGGCCUGGCUGUGUACAGGAACAAAGACGCUGUCAGUAAUUACGUUGCAGCUGGAGCUGUCACGGUCGGCCUCUUCAGGCUGAACCUGGGCCUGAGAGGCCUGGUGGCUGGGAGCGUCAUCGGAGCGGCGCUGGGGAUUCCUGUGGGCGCCAUGGUCAUCGGCCUGCAGUCUCUGACAGGAGAAACCUUUAGAGAGCGGAGGCGGCGAGAACGACGAGAGCUUUACGAACUCAAACUCGCAGAAUGGUCGGCCCGUCUGCAGCUGACCGAUGAGCUGAUCGAUAGUUUGAACGUCAGCGUUCAGCCAGAAGAAACCAAUAAGGACCUGGAGAAGAUCGAGGAGCUGCUCAGUUUACCGCGCAACGAUGACAAAAACUCAAGCAGCCAAUCACAGUAGUCGAAUCACUUCCUGGAAGUUUCCACUCUAAAUGUCGGACAUGUUCUCAGUGAAGGGGUCAAAGGUUGCCUGGACUCUGGAUUUGAAGAAUCACCAUGGAAAACUCGCUGUCCAGUGUAAAAACAAAAAGAACAUUAUGGUUUAAAAAUCCUUUACAUCCACUGCUGUAAUUAAUCAUAGGAACUAAGAAACGUCCAACAAAAUUCAAAAGUAAAUGAAUAUAUUUACUUUUCCAUCUUAAUAAAUUAUUUUUAAUACUG